GCCUUCUUUUACGCGCCAUUCUUUUCUCAGUUUUCCAUUGAAAAAGCUCACUCUCUCUCUCUCCAUUUUGUACGAUCAUAAAUGUCUCCCGUCGCCGUUGAUCCCUUAUCGGCGCAACCGCCGGAGUUCCUGGACAAGAUAAACGGAUUACUCUCACAACUCCUUGUCUGUUCUCUUUCCAUCAAGUCCUUCACCGUUCGCUGGCAAGUUAUCCGCUCAAAGCUCGCAUAUCUCAAGUCCUCCAUAUCCGAAAUCUCAGUUUCUUCUCACUGGUUUGAGAAUCCGCUCCUUCAAACACUCCUUCCAGAUCUACAUGCUACACUUCUCCGGCUAGAAACACUCGCCGACAGAUGUUCCGACCCCUGUUUCAAUGUCGGCAAACUUCUCAUGCAGAGCGAUCUCGACAUGGCAGCCGGAUGGCUCACCAAGCUAAUUGACGACCUAGAUAUCUUACUUAGAUCCGGCGUUCUUCGUCAAUCUACCGCCAUUGUUUUAUCUCAACCAGGUCCAGGCUCAAGGAAGGAGGAUUUAGUUCUUUUCAUUCGUGACCUAUUCACCAGGUUACAGAUCGGAACCAUGGCGUUUAAGAAAAAAGCUAUGGAAUCUCUGAUUAAACUUCUCUCUGAUGAUAAGAAGUUGGCGAGUUUGAUAUCAAUGGAAGGUAAUAUGAGUUGUUUAGUUCAACUCCUCGAUCAGAACGUUCAUUCAUCGGUUCGAGAUCAGGCGGUGGCCGUGGUAUCAAAUCUCGUUUGCUACAGCGAUCAAUCGAGGAGAUCUGUGUUCGAAGAAGGAGGGUUAGGACCUUUGUUUAGAAUCAUGGAAUCUAGUUCGAUGCAUUUGAAGGAGAAGGCGGCUGUAGCGGUUGAAGCUAUAACAACCGACGUCGAUAAUGCUUGGGCUAUUUCAGCAUACGGCGGCGUGUCGGUGCUUACUGCAGCUUGUAGAACUGGAUCAUUGACAUUGCAGGCAUAUGCAGCUGGAGCUAUAAAGAACAUAGCUGUCGUGGAAGAAAUCAGGGUUGCAUUACUGGAAGAAGGUGCGAUUCCUGUAUUGAUUAAUCUUCUAAUUUCAGAAUCUGCAUUAGCCCAAGAGAAAUCAGCUAAUUGUAUUUCAAUUUUGGCAUCAUCCGGUGAACAUUGUCGAGAUAUUAUUAUCCAGGAGAAAGGAUUGCAAAGGCUUUUACAAUUGCUUCAACAAUCUUCGAGUUCUGAUACGGUAGAACACGUUUUAAGAGCAAUUCUUUCUCUAUCCGUUUCUGAAUCAGUUUCUAAAUCAUUAUCUUCUUCAACAACCUUCAUAAUACAAAUAGCCGAGUUAAUCAAACAUGGUAACAAACUAAUCCAACAUAUCUCCGCUUCAUUACUGUCUACUCUGUCUAUCAGCGACGGAAACAAAAAGGCCAUUGCUAAUUGUAUGGGAGCUCUGGUGAAUAUGAUGGAAUCGUCUAAACCCAAUUCCUUACAAGAGGUUGCAGCUCAAGCAAUGGUGUCUCUCUUGACUGUGAAGUGUAAUCGAAAAGAUUUGGUAAAAGACGAGAAGAGCUUAGUGGGGUUAGUUGAAAUGCUUGAUCCGAAGUUGGAAUUGGUGUCGAAGAAGUUUCCGGUGGCUAUUGUGGCUGCAAUUAUGACCGGAGGUAGUCAUAGUUGUCGGAAAAGGCUGGUGAAGGCGGGUGCUUAUGGGCAUUUGAAGAGUCUAUCGGAAAUGGAUGUUCCCGGAGCCAAGAAAGCCCUACAGAAACUUUCCGUCAACCGGCUGAAGAGUAUCUUCAGAAUUAGGACUUGACAUGGUGAAAAUAACAUGAAAAGACAAAAACAAAUAAGGUUGAUCUCAACCAAUAUUUAUGAUUCAUUCAUUUUAAAGAGAAGAGACAGACAGACAAAGAGGUAAUUAUAAUACACCCUUCUUGAAGUCAGUCAUCCUUUCCUAUACAUUAUUAUAUAAGAACUACUAUAUAUUAUUUAAAAUUACAUUAAUUAAGUUGAAGAAUGGAUGCCAGUUUGUUUUUUUAGGCUAAGUAUCCAGGUUUUAUUUUUUAUACUUUUUUUUUCUUUUGAAUUUUGUUGGUGUGAAAGUGUGAUUAUGUAAAAUGAAACAAGUCAUGAUCAUUAUAUCCAUUCAUGAUAUAUAUAAUUUGAUUUUGGUCUUGUCUUGUGGUUGAAUACUAUGUUUUAUUAUGAUGUUGAUGAUGGUGAUAGUGAUGAAUGUUGGGGAAGUGUGAUUUAUAUUUUAUUUAUUUGAGAGUGUAGAAAUGGGUUAUGGUGUACCCUAUUGUAUCCAAAAGAAACCAAGAGAGAAUUAUUGGUAGGCCCAUUUGCUAUUUUAUUAUAGUUUGGUGGAAUUUUGGAUUAUAAAUAAGGCUCGUGCUUAUGUUUUUUUUUUUGUUUAGAUUUGUAAUUUAGUGAAGGACACUUUUAGUUUGGAUAUGAAUGUUAUAAUUGAUGUUUGGUGUUC